AACAUCCCCUUGUUGGGACCUUUUUCCAGUUUCUCACCCAGAUAAAGUUAGACCCACCACGAUUCUGUCUGCAGUAUCUAACUGCUUUCACAGAGGUCUUUUGGCAAAUCUUCACCAUGAUUUUUCAAGCACUUUUUGGGUGUAUGGACUUUACUGGUUGGCUGCUGUUCAGUUUUGUAGUGUUAUUAUUAACUGAUGUGGUCAGAAACUGGAGGCCUCACAGCUUUCCACCGGGACCCUGGGCUAUGCCUUUUCUAGGAAAUGUCUUCACAGGAGUUGAUUUCAAGACAAUGGAGAAGCUUGCUAAGGAAUACGGCCCAGUGUUCAGCUUGAGGAGAGGCAGUGAGAGGAUGGUGUUUAUUUCAGGAUAUAAGAUGGUCAAAGAGGCUCUCGUCAGCCAGCUGGACAGCUUUGUUGAUCGACCUACUGUCCCCCUCUUCCAUGUUGUUUUCAAGGGCAUUGGCAUAGUUAUGAGCAAUGGUUACCUGUGGAAGAAGCAGAGGAAGUUUACCAACACUCACCUGCGUUACUUUGGAGAGGGCCAGAAAUCACUGGAAAAAUAUACUGAAGAGGAAUGCCAUUUCCUUUGUGAAGCUUUCAAAGAGGAACAAGGAAGACCAUUCAACCCCCAGUACACUAUAUCUAAUGCAGUGAGUAACAUCAUCUGCUCUGUGGUCUUUGGACAUCGCUUUGAAUACAGUGAUCAAAGCUUUUGCAAGAUUCUGGAGUUGGACAAUGAGGCUGUUUUGCUCGCUGGCUCAGCUCAGACUCAGCUGUAUGAUGCCUUUCCUGGUUUGAUGAAGUACCUGCCGGGACCUCACCAGACUGUCCACGCUAACUACAAGGAGAUUGAAGUGUUCCUGCAAAAGGAAAUAGAGAGGCACCAGGAGGAGUGGAACCCUGAUGACCCUCGUGAUUAUAUUGAUGUAUACCUGGCAGAGAUGGAGAAGAAGAAGAAGGAUCCCCAGGCUGGCUUCAACAUCGAGACCCUGCUCGUUUGCACCAUCGACCUGCUUGAGGCUGGGACAGAAUCAGCUGCUACCACUUUACGCUGGGCUCUCCUAUACAUGAUGCACUACCCAGAGAUACAGAAGAAAGUCCAGGCAGAGAUAGACAGAGUGGUUGGACAGUCUCGUCAGCCUACACUGGCCGACAGACCCAACAUGCCCUACGCUGAUGCCGUCAUCCAUGAGAUUCAAAGGAUGGGGAAUAUUGUUCCUCUGGGAUUCCCCAAAAUGGCCAGUAAAGACACUACACUGGGAGGAUACUUCAUACCCAAGGGAACAGCUAUUACUACAAUCCUUUCAUCAGUGCUUUUUGAUAAGGAUGAGUGGGCGACUCCAGAUAUCUUCAAUCCUGAACAUUUCUUGGAUUCAGAGGGCAACUUCCGCAGAAGAGACGCAUUCCUACCAUUUUCAGCAGGUAAACGUGUGUGUUUGGGGGAGCACCUGGCCAGAAUGGAGUUGUUUCUUUUCUUUACAUGCCUACUGCAACGCUUCACCUUCUCUGCUGUUCCUGGAGAAAUGCCCAGCUUGGAGGGAGUGCUUGGCUUCACCUAUUCCCCCGAGAGCUUCAGGAUAUUAGCCAUGCCUCGCUAAUGCUCUCCAUUGUUUCAGCUGUUCUCAUCCCAGUCAAACACAAAGCCUCAAUAACAAGGAUCUCCAUGUUCUCCAUAUCACAAGUUGGAUCUGACUUGCAGCUGAAAACUAGUUGGCGUAAUAUAUGAAUAUUAUCCUCCACAAAAUGAAUAAAAAUGAAAUAAAACGAUCAGUCAUGUAGAUCAGAAGAUAUUGACAAGUAUUAAAAGGGUACUCCACCAAAAAAGGGUCAAAAUCAAUGCAGCAUAACCAAAAUCAUCUUUUAAUUCCACACAUUGUUCCUCCUUGUCAGAACCUGGUUCCUACAUUACCCACAAUGCAACGUGACUGCUGACAUUUUAAUCAGAGAUUCAGGUGUGUUAUGCUAGUAGCAGCUAACGUAGCCUGGAGCUGCUUGCUUCAAGUAAGCGAGCAGGAGUGUGCAAAAAGAAAUCUGGUAAUUGCACUCCUUUCUAACCUCCACACCCAGAUAUUAUUUUUAUUUCAAACUUGUAGUCUUCAGACCCAACCGACACUGACUCAAGUGACAUCACUUUAGGCAAUUCAGCAGACUUGGCGCAGGCCACACCUGGAGCCAAAAUGGGCUUUAUGAAACUUUUUUUCACAUAUUUUUUAGUACUCCUCAAGACCUGUAAACAUACUUUGAUGCGUAAAAUUGGUGGAGUUCCCCUUUAAGUCAAAGGCAACCAGUCUUGUUUAUUGUUUCAACACCAAACUGCAAGCCUAGUUGAGAUUUGGUGCAUAAAUGAUUAAGGCACAUGCAUAGUCAUGGUCCACCGAAAGAGGUGUUUUUAGUUAUUUUGUCAAAGCAUACCUCCUCUUAAAAAUGUGUGUAUGAGUACAAUCAAAAUUGACUAACAUUUCCCCCAACUUUCCUGUUAGUUUUGUUGCACCUACAGUAAGUGGGAAACCUGCCUCAGACCUUUAACAAAGACCAGAAUGAGUGUACAGGGAUUUUAAGAUCAUCAAUAAUAGCUCACUAUACUAAUACUAAGAUUUAAUUUACAAUCUUCAACGAUUAGUCCAGAAUGAAGGCGUUUAAAGAGGUACUCCAGCUCACAAGAGAUAUUUGAAGAAAGGGUGGACAAAAUCUAAGCAACAGACGCUGAGAGAUACUGAUUUUUUGUCCCUAGUAAGGGCGAAGCUCUGAAAACGCUGGAUCCUCACAUUUUCCAUAAUGCAACACCAAACAUCUUUUCAUUAGACCCUUGCUGCCUAAAUGCCCACAUCUUUUAUACUCCUCACCCUCAGUCUGUAAUGCAGAGUUUCUGUUGAAAAUGAGCAGUCUCUAAGCCUGAACUCAGAAAAUAAACUUAUCUAGUAAACUGAUCUUUAGUGUGAAGUCAGUGGAGUGUGUUGAGGUGAUGAGAUGAUCAGAUGAUUGGUUUAUCAUUUUAAUGUACAGAAUUGUGGGAGUAAGAUCAUUGUUCCUUUGCUUUGUACAUGUGCAUGCAGAUGUAUAUCUUGUGGCUGUGUGCCAUUGACCACUCACAGAUCAUUUCUCUGUUCCUUCAGACACUAUAAUAGAUUAGGUUUGCUCUUUGGUUGUUGAGACAAGUUGAUGCAAAUCUUUGUGUGUUCUGUAUCCUUAUUGUAUAAUUAUAAUUUUUAAACUUCAA